AUGAACCACCUGUCGCUCUGCCAGCGCAUGUACAUCCGCAGCCGCAGACCCUUCCGCAUUAUCUUGAUGAGACACGCGGAGUCUGAGGGCAAUGUGGAUAAGUGCGUGUACUCUUCAACUCCAGACCACGCGCUCAAGAUCACAGAGCGGGGAAAACGUCAGGCGACUCUUGCUGGCAGGGAGCUCCAAAAGCUGAUAGGGGACGAGAGCGUGUACUUCAUAGUCUCUCCGUACACGAGGACGAGGAUGACCUACAAGAUAGUCAAGGAAGGGUUGGAGCAAAGACAGCACUUCGCGAUGAAGGAAGAUCCCAGGCUGCGAGAGCUGGACUUCGGCAAUUUCCAGGAUUUAGAGACAAUGCAGGAGACCAUGGAGAAGACGAGAAGCGCUUACGGCCGGUUCUGGUUCCGGUUCAUGAACGGGGAGUCCUGCUCCGACGUGUACGACCGGGCGACCGCGUUUUGGGAGAGCGUGUUCCGCUCCAUGGACCACAGCCCCGGGACGCGCUUCCAGAACUACGUCAUUAUCACGCAUGGGCUCAUGAUGCGGCUAAUCUUGAUGAGGUAUUUCCAGUGGAAGGUGGAGUUCUUCGAACGAGUGUGGAAUCCCAGCAACUGCGAGACCUGGAUAAUGGAGAGAGAUGAGAGAGGAAGCUAUCGGCUCCUGCUGCUGUAG